CCUCGUAGGCUGAAGUCAGACUGCUGGAGAUAUCUGAAGAGGAGGAGGAGGAGCUGUCAAAGUUGGACUUUCUCGGAGAAGGAAAACUAUUAGACACAUCGACACGGGAAUUAGAUUAAAUUAAGGUGUUUGUUUAUAUCCAGUCGGGAUAUCGUGUCCUGUUGACAUGGAAUGACACCGCACUUUCCAUACAGGAGCUUCGAAAACACCAUGGCAGCCCGUUUUCUGCGGUGGAUCAGCCUCACCUCUCUGCUCUGCUUUGGCUCCUGUGUUCUGGCGGAAAAGAAAGUUUGCCAGGGCUUCAGCAAUCGCGUCAAUCUUAUGGACAAUAAAGAGGACCACUACCUGAACAUGGUGAAGACCUACAGCAAUUGUACUAUUGUCCUGGAAAACCUGGAGAUUACUCACGUAGAUGAGAACCGUGACCUGUCCUUCCUCAAGUCAAUUGAAGAAGUGAGUGGCUACGUUCUGAUUGCCCUCAACACAGUUUCUAGGAUUCCCCUGGAGAAUCUGCGCAUCAUUCGGGGUCACUCCCUCUAUGAGGAAAAGUUUGCACUUUCUGUGCUUGCCAAUAUUGAUAAAAAUACAGGUCAGGGAACCACCGAGCUUCUUCUGACCAGCCUAACAGAAAUUCUCAGAGGAGGUGUAAAGUUUUUGAACAACAAGCUUUGUAAUGUAGAAACAAUUCAGUGGUUUGAUAUUGUCAAUGCUGAUACUAAACCCAGCAUGGAACUUCAAGUGGCCGGAAACAACCCAUUCUGUAACAAAUGCCACUCAAGUUGUUACAAUGGUUCAUGUUGGGCACCUGGUGCAGAAAACUGUCAGACCCUGACCAAGCUGAACUGUGCACAGCAGUGCUCAAAGAGGUGCAAAGGACCUUCACCAAGCGACUGUUGCAAUGAGCAUUGUGCAGCAGGAUGCACAGGACCCACAGCCGCUGACUGCCUGGCCUGUCGGGACUUCCAGGAUGACGGGGUUUGUAAGGACUCCUGCCCUGGCCUUAUGCGCUAUGAUCCCAACCUACACCAGCUGGUCCCUAACCCCCAAGGAAAGUACAACUUUGGUGCCACCUGCGUGAAAAACUGCCCACAUAAUUAUGUUGUGACCGAUCAUGGUGCGUGUGUGCGGACAUGCAGCGGUAACACAUAUGAAGUGGAAGAAGGAGGUAUCAGGAAGUGUGCCAAGUGUAACGGACUGUGCCCAAAAGUGUGUAAUGGACUUGGGUAUGGAGACCUGACUUACAUACUAUCUGUCAAUGCCACCAACAUCGGCUCCUUUAAAAACUGCACUAAAAUCACUGGUGACAUUACUAUCCUUAGAACAUCAAUUCAUGGUGAUCCCUAUACCAAAACGCCAAAGAUGGAGCCAGCUCAGCUGGAUGUGUUUAAAACGGUUAAGGAAAUUACAGGACACCUGUGGAUUCAAGAUUGGCCGAAGAGCAUGAACUCGCUCUCACCUUUUGAAAAUCUAGAAAUCAUUCGAGGAAGAACAAAGCGUGGUAGCCGCAGCUUGGUUGUGACACUGCUCGAUAUCGACUACCUUGGCUUUCGGUCACUAAAGGAGAUCAGCGACGGAGACGUGGUCAUUAUCAAAAAUCACAACCUUUGCUACAUGGAUGACAGCUACUGGAAAAGGUUCUUCAAAUCAGGAGGCCAAACUGCAACAGUCAAUGAAAAUGCAAAUGCUACCAUUUGUGUCCUGAGGAAUAAGACCUGUGACAGGAAGUGUACAGCAGACGGCUGCUGGGGCCUAGGCCCGGACAUGUGUUUCGCCUGCCGUGACUACAGCCGCGGCGGGAGUUGUGUUGACUUCUGCAACAUCCUGGAGGGCGAGCCACGGGAGGCGGUCAUGAAUAAAACUUGCAUGGAGUGUGACCCUGAGUGUCUACGCAUGAACGGGACAGCAACUUGUCAGGCGCCGGGUCCUGGAAACUGUACAAAGUGUGCCAACUUUCAGGAUGGACUGUACUGCGUGCCCCGUUGUCCCCAAGGCGUGCCUGGAGAGGGUGACACCUUGGUGUGGAAAUACGUAGAUGAGAAACGAGUGUGCCAGCUGUGCCACAAGAACUGCACCAAGGGGUGUGUGGGACCAGGUCCCGAAGGUUGCCAAGGUGAAAGGCCUUCAGGUCUCUCCAUAAUUGCAGCUGGGGUUGUUGGUGGACUGCUGGCAGUUCUGAUCGCAGGCCUCUCUGUCUUUGUGCUCCUACGCCGCCGCCACAUCAAGAGAAAGAGGACAAUGCGCAGACUGCUCCAGGAGAGAGCGCUAGUUGAACCUCUCACUCCAAGUGGACAGGCACCAAACCAAGCUCUGCUGCGGAUACUGAAGGAGCCAGAGUUUAAGAAAAUUAAAGUGCUGGGAUCAGGAGCCUUCGGUACAGUUUACAAGGGUCUUUGGGUCCCAGAAGGAGAGGAUGUGAAGAUCCCAGUGGCUAUCAAGGUUCUGAGAGAGGCCACAUCACCAAAAGCCAAUCAAGAGAUCUUGGAUGAAGCCUAUGUGAUGGCCAGUGUGGAACACCCCCAUGUGUGCCGUCUGCUGGGUAUCUGCCUCACCUCGACGGUUCAACUCAUAACCCAGCUGAUGCCGUACGGCUGCCUGCUGGACUACGUCAAAGAAAAAAAGGACAAUAUUGGCUCCCAGCACCUGCUCAACUGGUGUGUUCAGAUAGCAAAGGGAAUGAACUACCUAGAGGAGCGCCACCUAGUGCACCGUGACUUAGCAGCCAGAAACGUCCUGGUCAAGACUCCUCAUCAUGUCAAGAUCACUGACUUUGGGCUGGCCAAACUCCUCAACGCAGAUGAGAAAGAAUACCAUGCAGAUGGAGGAAAGGUACCGAUAAAAUGGAUGGCUCUUGAAUCAAUCCUGAACAGAACUUACACUCAUCAGAGCGAUGUCUGGAGCUACGGUGUAACCGUCUGGGAACUGAUGACGUUCGGGACCAAACCAUAUGAUGGGAUACCAGCCAGUGAAAUAGCCGGAAUCCUGGAGAAAGGAGAGCGCCUCCCUCAACCACCAAUCUGUACUAUAGAUGUCUACAUGAUCAUGGUGAAAUGUUGGAUGAUUGAUGCAGACAGCCGGCCUCAUUUUCGAGAACUAAUAGCCGAGUUCACGAAGAUGGCUCGAGAUCCACCCCGCUAUCUUGUCAUUCAGGGCGAUGACCGCAUGCAUCUGCCGAGUCCAACGGACACCAAAUUUUACCGCAGCCUGAUCAGUGGGGGGGACCUGGAUUAUGGUGUAGAUGCAGAAGAAUACUUGGUGCCACAGCACAGCUUCUUCAGCAGCCCAAGCACCUCCUACACCCCGUUGCUUCACUCCACGAGCAUUAAUAGCAGCAUAGGGACCAGCAAAACCAGAAAUGGCUUAAUGAAUGGAGUCCCAAGCAGAGACGGAAGUACGGUUCUCCGAUAUAUGCCUGACCCCACAGACAAAUUCUUGGACCAGGCCUUCCUGCCGGCUCCAGAAUACAUGAACCAGAACGGAAUCUCCAAUGUGAUAAAUUACGUCUACCAACAUUCAGGUCCACCUCGCACCCUUCUUCCAACCAUCUCUUCAGAUGAUACAGAGUCAGAGUACCUGAACUACUUUAAGAACGGAGCCAACGGACCUGAAUACCUCAAUGAGCUCCCAUCCUCCACCGCCCUACCCCUCAACUCUAACAACACGGCCAUCGGCGGUCAAAACUACAGGCCUCAAAACAGCAUGGACAAUCCAGACUACCAACAGGAUUUCACUCCCACUUUCAAGACACACACAAAUGGACACAUACCAGCAGCAGAGAACGUAGAGUACCUUGGUCCAGACUGAGGGCGAAAAUUGAAUAAAUCUGUGAAUAAGAGUCUGUUUUUUUUCCUUUGGGGAAGUUAUUCUAUGUGGCUGGAAACUCAAUAUGUUGUACCAUCAGUGAAAACAUAUGCAAGAGUUUUUUUUCUCAGCAACAAACUUAAAUGACUUUUCUCAACCGAAAACAGGAUAGCAAAUGGAUUAAAUGUGUCUCAGUCAACCUUUGAACUGCUGCUUCUAACUGUGAAGGACAGCUGCAGAAUGGAUUGGAACCUUUGUUGCUUGAAACUGAACAGCUCGACCUGAAAUGACGAGUGGUACACGUAGUGCUGUAGACCUGUGUUGGACUCAAAAAUUUCUCAGUGAGGAAUUCAACCAGGUGAGAGCGAGUUUUCUUUGAAGCAAGCACUAUUUUUAGGCUUAUGGAAGGCCAAUUCAGUGAGAAAUAAAACCUUACGUGUAAAAUGUAGAAUCAGUGUCAAGCUUCUGUUCUGAAACAGUUUAGUGUCCAUUAAACACUGAAUAUGUGAGCAAAUACAACUGAUGGGACUGUGGUGGUUUUCACACUGAUGUUUUGUGGCUCAUAAUUUGCAGCACUUUGUAACAUAAAAGUAUAUAUAUAUAUAUAUAUAUAUGUAUUUUUUUUCAGAUUUGACAGGGGGUUUCCCUACAACAAUUAUCUAAAAUCAGAUCCUGUCUUUAUUUUUAUGCUUGCCAAACACAAGCACAAAAAUAUCCCAGAUGCAUUUGGUUUUCUGUCUGAAUAAUGUUUAUAAAAAGCUGGGUGAACUGUCUGAGGCCAAUGCGCGUGUAAUCUUUAGCUGUAGCAUUUCAUUGUGCGGUAUUUUAAAUAAUGAGACUGUGUAAAAAGAGAUUACAAAAGUCUGUUUUUUAUUUGUUUUAUAAGAUAGAUGUUUCACAUGGUGUUGACGCCAUAUGUGAGAGACCGCCUCUUUGCUUUAUAGUCAGUCCUCUGCAAAUGUUGUUCCUAGUUUUAAAGGAAUAAACUAAUGUAGCAUCUUUUUAAAAAUAAUUUACACAGGUACAUGUACAGCCAAUGUUCAAUGUCCUUAAAUAUAUUCAAAAUUAGCUGUCAUGAAUACUCAAUAUACUUUUGUCAUACAUCUAUGUGAAUAUGCACUUGUUUCUGAUUGUGACCGUAUAAUUCAACAAAGUAUGUGAAUAAAUUUUCUUUCUAUAGAAAGGUA